GAUCAGCUGAUGGCUCUCUGUUUUUAGAGUGUUCGUUAGGACGGUCAACACGUGGGGAGGAGAGACAAGAGACACACACGAAGAGGGGGGGCACAUUGGGAUUGUGCUGGGCUUUGAACACGUAACAUUAAUAUUAUACGGUGGCGGUGCGAGGGACGCAUAAACACAGUAUAGCUGCUAGGGUCCAGAGGAGAUGCCACUGAGGUUCCGGUCCUUUGUUUCGUAUACGCUUCCUGGAGUGCUGGCGCUCAUAGGCUGGUGGUGGUACAUCUCCCGCAAGAAAGAGCGAAUCACCAGCCACGAAAGUGAGGAGGGGUCAGUAAUGGGCUUGCGAACCUCCUCUGGUGAGGGCAGCAAUGGGAUGGUUGACAAGAGCUGCCCUGCAGCCAGCAGCACACACCGCAGAACCAGCCGAGACAGAGUCAAGGCCAAAGAGCACAGACCUGUUGAGCAGGAAGUUAUAGCGGAGAUUCACAUGCCAGUCCUAAAAGCCACUGUGGGAGAGGCUCUCGGCACCCCUCCAGUUGUGUUGGCCGGUGGAAAGCUAAGCGCUCCUCAGAGUGGUGCAAAAUCAGCCCCCCUAGAGAUCCACCCAGGCGCAACAACCCCUGUGUCAUCUUCAACCCCAACAAAAACAGUGGAUGAAAGCACUCAUCAAAAAGGACCAGAGGCUGCCAUUGGCAGCAAUCCCUCAAGCCAGUUACCGCCAGAUUUAGCAAGCACUGGUUUAGUCAAGAAGCAGGUCGAAAUCCAACCACUAAGUAAGCAGCAUCCUGCAGAGCUAGCCAAAGCAGUGCGACCUGAACCUGAAGGAGAGGUGGCGGCUGAAACCUUGCCACCAACUUGCAAUCAGAAGUUGUCGACUUCAAAAGAUGAGCUGGCCUCCGCUACAUCAUCAACUGAGGGUGAGGCUGUCUUGCUGGACACCUGCAGCCCAAAAACACCACUGACUCUGACCCCUUUCCCCAACUCCACCAGCACACCCCUUGCAGAAAGCUCCAACGAGGCUCAGCACCAUGUAAACGGAGACCUGGCCUUGCCAGCCGAGACCAGUCCAGACAUACAGGAGCUCCAGCGUCUCGCGGCAGGGCUGAUCACUGAGGUGAUCUCGGCAGCCACCCAGGAGGUCAUGGCAGUCAGCAGCUGUGAGUCCCGGUACAGCAAGGGCUCUGAAGCGGCCAACACCAGCAUGCCAGCUGUAAAUGGUAAGGAAGUGGAGUCGUAUGUACCUCCAGCAAGUGUUGAAAGCGGCGAGUCGCGGGCGGUGCAGAUAGCAGAAGACAUCGUCAAUGGUUGUCUGGUGCCUUCGCUCUGGAAAAUCCCAGAGAAUGAGAAGGAAAGAGGCUUGUUGACUGUGUCUUCUGGGGAAAAGUUGGAGUCCACGCCGGUUCUGGCCAAGCUGCAGGCAGAGGAAGCUCUAGUGGAAGACUCAGGAUGUAGCACAUGCCAGUCCGAGGAUGGCAUCAGCAGCGAGGAUCUCCAUAGCACAGGGUUGUCCUCGAAUGUGUCUGAAAGUAAAGAGGACCUCAUUCAAAUUUCAGGGACUUGCAGGGCCUCAGAGGGUCAAGGAGAUGGACUGCAGGAGAGUCUUGUUGUAAUUGCUCCUCAGGAGUCCCCACUUACCGCGGAAAACGUGGCUACAGUUUGUGAGGCAGCACAGUUGAAUGGAACACGCUUUAGGAAUGGUGCUGCUAUUGAAGUAGAAGCUGACCAAUCAGGAGGGUCAGAUGUGAAUAGCAUGGAUUCAGUGGACUGUUGUUCAACCUUGGGGGCGGGAGACAGUCAGCGGAGUGGCAGCCAGACCUGUCAAUCACAGAGCUCGGAGCUUAUUGUGUGGGAGAUUGAGGUGCCAAAGCAUUUAGUGGGACGGCUAAUUGGCAAACAAGGAAGAUACGUGAGCUUUCUGAAGCAAAGCUCCAGUGCUAAGAUCUACAUUUCAACCCUGCCUUAUACUCAAGAGUUUCAGAUCUGCCAUAUAGAGGGAACCCAGCAGCAGGUAGAUAAGGCGCUGGCCUUGAUUGGGAAGAAGUUCAAAGACUUGGACCUGACCAACUUGUACGCCCCACCUCCCCCACCGCUUACGCUGCCCUCUCUGCCUAUGACGUCCUGGCUUUUAUUGCCCAAUGGGGUGACAGUGGAGGUGAUUGUGGUGAACAUUGUAUCAGCCGGUCACCUGUUUGUCCAGCAGCACACUCACCCUACGUAUCACGCCCUGCGCAGUCUGGACCAACAGAUGUUCCUGUGCUAUUCCCAGCCCGGGACACCACCCUUGCCAUCGCCUGUCGAAGUUGGAGUGAUUUGUGCGGCCCCAGCUGUAGAUGGAGCCUGGUGGCGAGCGCAGGUCAUCUCUUUCUACAAAGAUUCAACUGAAGUGGAAAUCCGAUAUGUUGAUUAUGGCGGCUAUGACAAAGUCAAGAUUGACACCCUUCGACAGAUCAGGUCGGACUUCGUGACAUUACCGUUCCAAGGAACAGAAGUCUUAUUGGACAACAUUGCCCCACUUCCAGGAGAGGAUCGGUUCUCAGCGGAGGCCAAUUCUGCACUGGAAGAGAUGACGAGAGGAGUUCCAUUACUGGCACAAGUCACCAACUACGACAAUAAUACAGGACUUCCUUUAGUACACAUGUGGAACAUGGUGGGAGAGGAGCUUGUCCUGCUCAACCGCACUUUGGCAGAGCGAGGUUAUGGCACUUGGGUGGACAGUUUCUGAUCCUCCAGAACUCCCUCGCGCUCCUCUCCUCACUCACCUCGUGGCCCACCUGCCCCUUUAUCAUCACCACUCAUCAUGAAUAUCUGCAGGUUCUGUCCUCCUCACCCCAUCGUGUCCUCCACCACCUUCUACCUGAAGUGCGCAUCGCUGGCUCCAGGAGUUUCUUUUUUUAGUUUUUUCUUUUUGUCCUCCCCAUCCUGCAUUUUUCCCAUUUAUUUUUUAUUUUCUAUCCCCUUCCAUUAAAAAAAAAUAUCAAUACUGUAUGAAAGGAAAAAACUAAGAGUCAAGUGUCAAUGACCGAUCAACCAAUAAGGACUGAAGUUUUCCUGACUCUUUGCUGUUGUAAAUUUAAAAUAUAACUAAAUAAAGGUUAAUCAUUGUU